AUGAAGGGCAACGUCACCACUGUGAUUAAGAACAACUCUAGGCUUCUGACGAUGCUGCCUGGUCCACUAGACCCAGAUGACCCGGACUUAAUUGACCACGUUAAAUCAAGGUAUCUGCACCCUCCUUCCACCGGGCCAUACAACCUGAAGGUGGACCGCCUGAACCCGGCCGAGAGGCUCUACAACGCUUACAGGUUUAGUGACUACGGCUGGCCAGAACUAGAUCGCAUUAUCAAAACACUUUUCGACCCCAAAUCAAAUGGCUUUUUCGUCGAAGCUGGAGCUCUAGACGGCGAAUAUCUUUCCAAUACUUUGUACUUAGAGAGGGAAAAAGGAUGGAAAGGACUUCUCGUGGAACCUGACGAGGAGAUGUUUAGGCUUCUAAGGAAGAAAAACAGAAAAACGUGGUCUAUACACUCGUGUCUGGCGACCAAGCCGUACCCCAUGAAGACAACCUUAGUGAAACUAUCAAAAAAGGUCAACUUGUUUGACGACCUGACCAUCACGGGCUCCCGCGCCCACAACUUCUUGGCGGGGGCGCCAUACGGCUCCGUCGGCGCCAGCGAAAUUGGCUAUCAGACCUUCGAGCGAGUGCAGUGCUUCCCCCUUCAGACGAUCCUGCUCGCCCUUGGGGUCACGCACGUCGACCUCGUGUCCCUGGACAUCGAAGGCGUGGAACGCGACGUGCUCCGGUCAUUCUGGGCGUCCAGGUGCGACGUGGCCGGAGCCCCCACGUGCGUCGAGGUCGAUGUGUGGAUCGUGGAGAGCGUGGACGACAAGAUCUUAGAGUUAGAAUUCGCAGCCAAUGGAUACAGUGUCUAUACCGUCCUGAAGGAUUUAUAUCCGUACAAUUAUGUAUUUAUCAAAAAUGGAACAGAAGUUCACAGAAGAGCCUUCAGUCAACCUCACCAAGACCAGACUAAGGCAAAGUCCACUUUUGUGGAUUUGACAACUGUACCUCAGUUGUCAAAGUCUCGUACCCUUGCGACCACAGGCAAGGAACCUAUUACAAUGCCGGGCCUAACGCUGGAAGAUGCUCUCCUCCCGCUUGACCUGGUCAUUCUGGACAUAUAUAUAAACCUUCCCAGCAAGCAUGCUUACAAGAUGUGGGGAACCUCGGUUGAAGAUUCACUAGAAAAGCACCUUUGGAAACCCAUACCCUCGAAUAUCAUGGAGACUUUGUUUAUGUCAUUUGGUUAA